AUGGCCACCCCGAUCAAGUUCAGUUUUUCCGUGAGGAGCAUCCUGGAUUUGCCGGAGCGCGAUGCGGAGGCGGCGCCGCGGUCCUCCCCGCUGUACUCCUCCUGCUCCUCCAGCUCACCGUACAGCUCCUGGAUGGACUGCGACCGGAGCCCAUGCAUCUCAUCUGAUGAAGGCAGUCUCGAGGCCUCCCCUCACUCCACCAAAGCGGACGACUCGUCCCCGGACUCGGAGCCCGACAAGAGCAAGAAGAGCAAGAAGCGCCGGGUGCUGUUCUCCAAGGCCCAGACCCUGGAGCUGGAGAGGCGCUUCCGCCAGCAGCGCUACCUGUCGGGCCCGGAGAGGGAGCAGCUGGCCCGGCUCCUCAGCCUGACCCCGACCCAGGUGAAGAUCUGGUUCCAGAACCACCGCUACAAGAUGAAGAGAGGCCGGGCGGACGGAGCGCUGAUGCUCGACUUGGAGAUACCGCAUCCUCCGCUGCUGCGCCGGGUCGUGGUCCCGAUCCUGGUCCGGGACGGGAAACCGUUUCACACCUGCUUACUCGACACGGAGAAAGCGGGCUGUUUACACCCGUCUCAAGGCAUCCCUUUCCCCUUAGCCUACCCGUCUCUUCAGCACCCGUCCUCCGUGGCGCUUCCUCCGCGGUACCACCAGCACUUUCCCACCGCGGCGGCCUCCAGGUUCGCGUGGAGAGACUUUUGGAGCGACUCGGUCCACUUUAACUCCUUCAAGUGA